AUGCACCCACAUUCCAUUCCGCUUAGUACAAUACUCUUGACUAUCCUCUCUUCAUCUUUUGCAGCUACUAUUGCUCACUCAGCUGAGCUCACUACACGAACAUAUGACUAUAUUAUCGUCGGAGCCGGAACUGCUGGCCUUGUAUUAGCGAGUCGCCUAACAGAGGAUCCCAAAAUCACAGUUCUCGUUUUGGAGGCUGGCGGGAGUGAUGCCAAUAAUACAGCCAUUUCGACUCCUUUUUUGGCUGCGAGCUUGACUCCAAAUACAAUGGUUGACUGGAAUUAUACUGUUACACCUCAAGUGGGAAUGGAAAACCGUACAUUCGCCUAUCCCCGCGGACGAGUACUAGGAGGCUGCAGUUCCGUUAAUUAUUUAUUCCAUCAAUACGGUUCAGAUGAGGAUUGGAACCGACUGGCAUCAUUGUCGGAUGAUCCAGGGUGGUCAUGGAAUAAUAUGAAACGAUACGUACAAAAGCACGAGAGGUUUGUCCCGCCUGUUGAUGGACACAACACCACGGGGCAAUUUAUCCCGUCUCUUCACGGUUUCAAUGGCAUGGUGCCUGUCAGCCUUCCAGGGAACAAUCAGUCUGUCGAUUCGCGAGUUCUUGCCGCCACAGGACAGAGCGGCCCCAAAUUCACUUACAAUCAAGACAUGUCAGGAGGAGGCCAUAGUCUUCUCGGGAUUGGAUUCUUACAGUCUUCCGCCGGAGGGGGGGUGAGGAGCAGCUCCUCUACUACAUACUUGGCGAAAGCGGACAAAAGGCCCAACUUGACAGUAUUGAUUAACUCUGUGGUUACGAAGCUUGUGCAGACGGGCAACGCACAUUCUGGACACAAAUCAUUCCGCAGCGUCGAGUUUUCUGCCUCUCCGGGUACUGCUCUAUCCUCCACAGGUCCAGGUAACAAGCCUGACACCGUGACCGCCAGACGAGAGGUAAUCUUAGCAGCAGGCGCCGUCAAUACUCCACAGAUACUACAGCUUUCCGGGAUUGGAGAUAGCAGAGACCUCCAUGAAUUGGAAAUCAACGCAAUAAUCGACAAUCCUUCUGUAGGAGCCAAUCUAAGUGACCACACUCUGCUUCCAAACAUCUUCACUGUGAAUCCACAACAUGAAAGUGGGACAUUUGACGGCGUCCUUAGGGACCCCAUACAACUCAAUGCUAGAAUUGUUCAAUGGCAGACCAACAAAACAGGUCUGCUGGUGAACAAUAUCGCCAAUAACUUGGGAUUUUUGAGAGUUCCGUCAAACAAUCCUAUAUUCAAAAUGAUCAAGGAUCCUGCUCCUGGACCAAAGUCCCCUCACUGGGAGAUGAUAGUCUCUAACUUCUUCCUCAGUCCAGGUGUACCAAUACCGCCAUCAGGUGGAUUCAUGACCAUUGUUAAUGUCCUUAUUAGCCCGACCUCUCGUGGUACUGUCAAGCUGCGAUCAAACAACCCGUUCGACAAGCCCCUCAUCGACCCGAAUUACUUGCGCACCGAGUUCGACAUUGUAACCAUGCGCGAGUCCGUCAAAUCUACCCUUGACUUUGCAUCUGCGCCCGCGUUCGCAGACUACAUCUCCGGGCGCUACGGCACGGCCUUCCAGCAAGCCACGACAGACGACACGAUCGACGCCUAUGUGCGCUCGCUCACAACGACCAUCUUUCACCCGUUCGGCACCGCAGCGAUGUCGCGCCGCUCUGCGCAGUUCGGCGUUGUCAAUCCAGACUUGACGGUGAAGGGAGCAGAUGGACUACGAAUUGUUGAUGCUUCUGUCAUUCCGUAUGUGCCUAGCACGCAUACACAGGGACCCGUAUACCUACUAGCCGAAAGGGCAGCCGAUAUCAUUAAGGAAUCAUUCCACGAGACUGGAUGA